AAAAAAAAAAAAAAAAAAAAAAAAAAAAAAAAAAAAAAAGGCAGAAGCACGCGUGUCUACCACCACAAAUUAUUUACAAAUAAUCAUGGAGGGACAACAGUUCUGUUUGCGUUGGCACAACUUCCAAAACACACUGCUCACUUCCUUGCCGAAGCUUCUUGACGGCGGCUACCUGACCGACGUCACUCUCAGCGCUGGCGGGAGACACAUCCAUGCCCACAGAUUGAUCCUUUCCGCGUGUAGUUACUAUUUCAAAGAACUCUUCAAGGAUUUGAAUACGCUCCAGCACCCCGUGAUUAUUUUACCUGGAAUGGAGUACGCCAAUCUUUGUGCCCUGGUUACAUUUAUGUACAACGGCGAAGUUAACAUUUAUCAAGAACAACUUCCUGCCCUACUGGCGAUGGCGGACACGCUGCACAUUCGUGGAUUGGCAGAUAUUGCUGGGAGAGCGUCCAGGUACGAAAGCAAUCAAACACUAGAUCCACCUCCUCCGCUUGAAGAAAGAAGUUUCCACACGUCCGAAAAAUUCGAACCACCCAUAAAAAACGAUCCGAAGGAACACGAUGAAAUUUUGACGCCCGAGCCUCACGAAGCAAUGGAGCCUAUCGCCACGGACUUUCCGUCGGAAAAUCUCGAACGAAGUCUCGAAACUGAACCUGAUCCCAGCAACUCCAGUGAACUCAAUGAUCUCCCGUGUAGUGUUAAAACAAAGCCCUAUUACUCCAUCAACGCUAAAUUGAAUCAGAGGGAAAAGAAUAAGUCAAAUUUCAAUAAAAUCGACGUUGGACACUCAAGUAACAUUACUUUAAAGGAAGAGUGCCAAAGCCCUUUGCCAGAAAAUGUCAAGCCACUGCAGCUGACCGACACGAAUUUCAAGUCCUUUAUUAGUGCAGGCACGACGGCCAAUCGAUCGAGCCAAAGCUGCAACAAGACGAGCGUCACUUGCCUUAUUUGCGGUAAGCAGCUGAGCAACCAGUACAAUUUGCGAGUCCACAUGGAGACGCACAGCAACAGCUCGUACAGCUGCGCAGCGUGCUCUCACGUGUCUCGUUCCCGAGAUGCUCUGAGGAAGCACGUAUCGUAUCGUCAUCCUGUUAAUUCGGCGCAAAAACGAGCGAGAUACAGCACCGCAAAGCCCUAACACAAGUUUCAAAGACUCUGUUGCAGUGUAAAGUGUUUUCGUUAGAGAAAAGAAAAAAUAUAUAUAUAUAAACAAAAAGGCAUCCUUUCCACUGGCACUGACAACAUAACUUCAAGGGUGGAGAGUCAAUAAGUAGUCCAGGAGAGGUCUGUCCGGGAUCACAUUGACUGAAAGAAUUAUGUUAUUUUCGAGACGAUGGAAUGAAACGUCCAAAACAAUUGUUUGAAGUUAUGUGUAGAGGGAGAGGCAAACAAAAGUUCCUUAAAGAGACCCCCUAGUGUUCAUAAUAUUGUUAUUGCUUGUUUGCUCAAUUGUUAUUGUCGUUAAUUUGUUUUAAAAAGGCGGAUCUCGUUUUAGAAGAUUGUUUUAGUUGCGGAUGGUCGAGACAAUGAAUUCUUAGAGCUGGAACUUGAUAUUUUUUUAGCUUAUAAAAUUUGAGUCGAUACAAAAUUUUUAUUUUUAACAAGGUUUUCACGUCAGAGUUAAUAGUUGAUAUAACAAAAAAGGGUGAAAACAAAACAAUAAUUUGUCAUAGCCAGAAAAUAGGCAUUUUAAAUCAUAAGUAUACUUGAAUCACUGUCCAAACGAUUUUUAAAGUAAUCGAAAUUGAAACUUGAUGAGUCAUUAAUAAUUAAUUCGACUAAUUAAAUUAUCUCAAUGAUUGUAUAUCGAUUGUUGUAUUAAAAAUAAUAUACAAUGUGAUUUGCGAGCUAGGAAUCAGUAAGAAAUAAAUAAAAUGCAUCCGUUGUUAA